AUGUCCUUGCUCACAAUAUUACUGAGCUUGCUUGCUGCACUGGCACUUGUGCCAGCUCUGUAUCUUAUCCGGCAGCAUGUGCGACAACGAUCGCUACUCAAGAUACCCGGUCCGCCCAGCUCCUCAUGGCUGAAAGGGAACUACAUGCGAUUACAUGCACGGGACGCGAUAUCGUUUCAGGAUAACCUCGAUGAAACCUACGGCAAGGUGUACAGGAUCUCGGGUUACUUCGGUAGUCAAAAGCUCGUCAUAUCGGAUACAACAGCGCUGCACAGCGUGAUCGUGAAGAAUCUGGAUGCAUUCGAUGUUGCCGAACACUGGCUCGAGUUGCGGCGCCUGCUUUUUGGUCCUGGACUCAUCGGUGUCCCCAGGGCUGGUGGCGUCCACGCUAAACAUCGCAAGCUCAUGAACCCCUCCUUUUCCGUCGGGACACUGAAGAGGCUCAUGCCCAUCUUCCAUUCCGUGUGUAGAAAGAUGCGGGAGGUGAUGGUGGCAGAUAUCAAGCGAUGCGGUUGCGAAGAGACGGACGUCCUGGAGUACGCAAGUCGCGGCGCCCUUGAGCUCAUAGGACAGGCUGGAUUUGGCUACACGUUCGACGCAUUCGAAGGUGGACAUCACGAGUUCAGUGACGCUCUGAAGCACGUCAUACCAGGGGUUUCUAGAGUGAUGAAGUUCCGCCCGUUGCUGCCAUACCUGACUUCUAUGUUCCCGCCGUGGCUGCUCCGCCGGGUUGGGGAACUUCUACCGAUGACAUCCGUGCGGGAAAUGAUAAGGCUCUCAGAUGUCAUGACGUUCUACUCGACCUCCAUCUGGGAAGAGAAGAAGCGCCUGCAUACAUUGGGAGAGAAGGCCAGCAAUGCUUCUUUGGGCGAGGGACGAGACAUACUCAGCGUACUCCUCAGGGAGAACAACAAAGCGGCUGAGGAAGACCGACUGCCAGACGAGGUUCUCCUCGCCCAAGUCGUUACUUUCCUCUUCGCGGGGACAGACACAACCUCGAAUGCUCUCUCUCGGAUUCUGUGCAUGCUAGCAGUCAACCCGGACGCUCAGGAUCGACUUCGUGAGGAGCUGAUUGAAGCUGGUGCGCCUGACGCCGAUCUCCCAUACGAGGUUCUCGACCACCUUCCCUUCCUUGAUGCGGUGUGUCGGGAAACUCUGAGGCUACAUGCACCGGUAAGACUGAUACACCGUCUUGCUAGGGAAGACGGUGUCCUUCCACUUCAAACGCCCAUCAUGGACGUUGAUGGCAAUACCAUGUCGGAGAUCUUCGUCCCGAAGGGUACAGAGAUCAUGUGCAAUGUUGGAGCGGUGAAUAAGGACGUCGAUAUCUGGGGCUCAGACGCAGGCGAGUGGAAGCCUGAGCGGUGGUUGAGUCCGCUUCCACAGACCAAUAUACCCGGGGUUCUCGCCAAUACGCUCACGUUCUCCGGCGGUGGACGCGCUUGCAUCGGCUUCAAGUUCUCACUGCUCGAACUGAAAGCGAUGCUUGCCCAGUUCGUUCCUGCUCUGUGCUUCGGGCCAUCGACGAAGCAUGUUAUUUUCUGGAGAUACGGUAGUCUAAUGUCGUCUGGUCUCAGCCUAGAUGGCAAGCCGGAGCUCCCCAUGCGCGUUUCAUGUGUCUGA